UUAGAACCACCAUCCUUUGUGAAGAAGGUCGAUCCAUCUUACUUACUGACCCCAGGUGACUCUGCGCGCCUUCAAUGCAAAAUCAAAGGUUCUCCUGAAAUCCAGGUUACUUGGUUCAAGAACAAUAAAGAAAUCCGUGAAAGCAACACACACAGGAUGUCCUUUGUCAAUUUGGUAGCUGUGUUAGAUAUUUUGGAGAUGAAAGUUGAUGACAGUGGAAGCUACUCAUGUGAAGCUGUGAACGAGGUUGGAAGUGACAGCUGCACCACCGAAAUAGUUGUCAAAGAGCCUCCAUCUUUCAUCCGAACACUUGAACCAGCAGAGGUAGUGAAGGGAACAAACACCGUUCUUCAGUGUGAGGUGGCUGGCACUGGACCAUUUGAGAUUAGCUGGUACAAAGACAAGAAACAGAUUCGCAGUAGUAAAAAAUACAGGUUGACCUCUCAGAAAGCUGUUAUUUCUCUGGAGGUGUCCUCAUUUAAUAGUGCGGAUGUCGGUGAAUACGAAUGUGUGAUAGCUAACGAAGUCGGGAAGUGUGUAUGCAGCGCAACAUACAUCUUGAAAGAACCACCAAUUUUUGUUAAGAAAAUCGAAAAUGUGACAGCUCUGGCUGGAGAUAGUGUUACAUUACAGGCUGUGGUGAAGGGGUCAGAGCCUAUUUCUGUGAUGUGGAUGAAAGGCAAAGACGUUAUUCAAGAUGAUAACAAAGUGAGAGUGACAUUUGAACAUGGUCUAGCAACACUGCAAAUUACUGGUGUCCAGCUGAGCUCUGGUGGCAAAUACACCUGCGUGGCUGAGAAUGAUGCAGGAAGUCAGUCCUGCUUUGGUGAACUGGCAGUGAAAGAACCUGCCAAAAUCAUUGAAAAAUCCGACUUGAUCCAGGUAACAGCAGGGGAACCAGCCAUUUUGGAGUACACUGUCACAGGCACACCAGAGCUAAAAACCAAAUGGUUCAAAGAUGGAAGGCCACUACCUGCCAGCAAAAAAUAUAGGAUCAGCUUUAAAAAUAAUAUUGCCCAGCUCAAGUUUUAUGCCACUGAAAUGCAGGACAGUGGCGAGUACACCUUUGAGAUAUCCAAUGAUGUGGGCAUGAGCUCUUUUACUACCAGCUUCACUGUGCUAGAUCGCACUCUCCCUCCCUUCUUUACUAAACCACUGAGGAAUAUUGACAGCAUCGUUAGCGCCUCGUGCCGCCUAGACUGCAAAAUUUCAGGCUCUCUUCCAAUGACUGUCUCUUGGUUUAAGCAGGACACUGAGAUCACUUCAAGUGCCAAGUACACAGUACACUUUGCAGAAGGGUCUGCAUCUUUGGAAAUAAAACACCUAGACGCAAGUGAUGCUGGAGUCUACAUUUGCAGAGCCACAAAUUCUGCUGGUAGCAAAGACAGCAGUAGCACUUUGUUUAUAAAAGAGCCGCCCAGCUUCACUGUAGAACCAGACUCCCAAGAUGUACUGCCUGCAUCUACCGUACGUUUCAAAGGCAUGUUUAAAGGCACGACACCACUGACAGUGAAAUGGUUUAAAGGUGAUACUGAGCUAGUGACAGGAGGAGCCUGCUACGUUAUGACAGAAGCAUUAGCAAGUUACUUGGAGCUUUACGCGGUCAAACCAACAGACUCAGGAAAAUACACUUGCAAAGUCUCCAAUGCAGCUGGUUCAGUAACAUGCAGUGCAAACUUGUUUGUGAAAGAACCUGCUGCCUUCAAGGAGAAACUAGAGCCAACCUAUCUGGUAAAGAAAGGUGGAUAUGCUGAGCUGACCUGUGAAGUCACUGGUACUCCUGAGAUUAAAAUCACAUGGUUCAAGGAUGAUAGAGAGCUAAAAGAAAGUGACAAAUACAGGAUGUCAUUUGCAAAAUCCUUGGCAAUACUCUAUCUUACAGAGGUUGAGACUGAAGACAGUGGGGAAUAUAUUUGCGAGGCCAAAAAUGAUGCUGGAAAAGAUAUUUGCAGUAGCGUUGUUACAGUCAAAGAGUCACCUUAUUUUAGCAAGGAGUUUCAAUCCAUGGAAGUCUUGAAGGAUUCUGAUGUGGUUUUGGAGUGUGAGGUGCUUGGCACACCUCCCUUUGAAGUGUUUUGGGUGAAAGAUGAUAAACCCGUGCGGAGCAGUAAGAAGCACAGAAUAAGCAUUGAGAAAUCUUUGAUUAGCCUCCACGUUUUCAGGUUUGAUGCUUCUGAUGUUGGCGAGUAUCAAUGUAGAGUAACAAAUGAUGUCGGGAGCUGCCUUUGCAGUUCAGAGGUCACACUGAAAGAGCCCCCGCAGUUCUUGAAGAGGAUAGAAAACAUUAGUUCCCUUCGAGGGGGAACAGUCGUGUUUCAGGCUGCUAUUAAAGGCUCCUUGCCCAUCACUGUGUCCUGGCUGAAAGACAAUGAUGAAGUGAUUGAAGAUAACAAUAUCAAAAUGACCUUUGUGAACAAUGUUGCCACUCUUCUGGUGAGGUCUAUUGAACUGAAACACGAUGGGAAAUAUUUCUGUCAGGCUAAAAAUGAGGCGGGAAUUCAGAGGUGUUCUGCUCUGCUGACUGUCAAAGAACCUGCUACAAUCGUGGACAAGGCUGUGUCAAUAGAUGUGACUGAGGGAGACCCAGCAACCUUGCAGUGCAAAUUUUCAGGAACGAAAGAUAUUACAGCCAAAUGGUUCAAAGAUGGCAAGGAACUGAUGUUAGGCCCAAAAUACAAGAUCAGUGUUACAGAUACUGUCUCAGUCCUAAAGGUGCUUCAUGCAGAAAAGAAAGAUAGUGGGGAGUAUGUUUUUGAGGUUCACAAUGACGUUGGGAGCAGUAGCUGUUCUGCCACCAUUAACGUCCUAGAUCUCAUUAUACCACCGAAAUUCACCAAAAAGCUCAAGAAAAUGGACAGCAUUAAGGGGUCUUUUGUUCACCUGGAAUGCAUAGUGUCUGGUUCACAUCCUAUAAGUAUCCAGUGGUACAAGGAUGGCCAAGAAAUAACAGCAAGUGAAAAGCACAAAUACUCUUUCCAUGACAAUACUGCAUUUCUAGAAAUCAAUAAACUGGAAGGCACAGACAGUGGCUCUUACACCUGUGAAGCAACAAAUAAGGCAGGAAGCAACCAAUGCAGUGGCUUCUUAACAGUCAAAGAACCGCCAUAUUUUGUGGAAAAACCCCAGUCCCAAGAGGUUGUGCCCAAUGCUAGGGUUCAGUUCAAAGCACUGGUGAAAGGCUCUACUCCUCUGCAGAUAAAGUGGUUUAAAGACAGCCAGGAGCUCCUCUCUGGAGCAAAUCGAUCUGUCUGGAAGGACGAUACAUCUAGUGUACUGGAGCUCUACUCAGCUAGAACAUCUGAUUCUGGGAACUACACUUGUCAGAUAAGCAAUGAAGUGGGGACUGCAACUUGCAAAGCAGCUCUGUUUGUAAAAGAGCCCCCCAGAUUUAUUCAGAUGCCAACUUCUGUAGUAGCUUUGCGUGAAGGACAGUCCACCACUUUUGAGUGCCAGGUAGUAGGCACACCAGAGAUCCACGUCACAUGGUACCUGGAUGGGAAUGAAGUGACUGACCAAGCUAAGUACGGCAUUUCCUUCAUAGACGGUUUAGCCACUUUGAAAGUCACUCAAGCCAGAGUGUCUGAUAGUGGGAUUUACGUUUGUGAAGCCCAUAAUGAUGCAGGUAGUGAGAGCUGCAGCAUCGAGCUGAAAGUAAAAGAGCCUCCAACAUUUGUUCGGGAGUUGAGACCCACUGAGGUAGUGAAGGGUUUGGAGGCCACACUUGAGUGUGAAGUGACUGGUACUCCUCCAUUUGAAGUGAAGUGGCUGAAGAACAAUAAGGAGAUGUUCAGCAGCAAGAAAUAUGCUAUCUCCACCAAAGAAUCAGUAUUCACUCUUACUGUGACUAACUGUGAUGUCUCAGAUGUUGGUGAAUAUCAGUGUAUUAUAUCAAAUGAAGGUGGGAGCUGUUCUUGCAGCACAAGGCUCAGUUUGAAAGAACCGCCAUCCUUCGUGAAGAAGCUGGAGAAUGUCACUAGUGUUUUGAAAGGUACCACGUUCUUCCAGUGUGUUGUAGCAGGCGCUCAGCCCUUAUCUGUGUCAUGGAUAAAAGAUGAGAAAAUACUAGAAGAUGAUGAGCAUCACCAUGUUACCUUUGAAAACAACGUGGCCACACUGAAACUUACCAAUGUUGACCUCAGCCACAGAGGGAGAUACACCUGCCAGGCAAAGAAUGAGUCUGGCAUGGACAAGUGCUUUGCUUUGCUUUUUGUACAAGAGCCUGCACGGAUCAUAGAAAAGGCUAAAUCGCUUAAAGUCACUGAAAGAGACCCCGUGACUUUGGAGUGUACUGUGGCUGGGACACCAGAGCUCCGAAUAAGAUGGUAUAAAGAUGGCAAACAACUCCUGCCCAGUAGAUACUACACAAUGAGCUUUGAAAACAAUGUGGCCAGUUUCAGGAUUGAACCUGUAUCAAAGGAGGAUAGUGGUACAUACAGUUUCAAGGUUGAAAAUGACUUCGGAAGUAGCACAUGUGAAGCUGUUCUGACUGUGCUAGAUCAAUCAAUUCCUCCUGCAUUUAUCAAAAAGCUAACCAAAAAGGAUACUGUUCUGGGAUCUUCUAUCCAAAUGGAGUGCAAAGUUUCUGGGUCGCUCCCCAUUACUGCAAAAUGGUUUAAGGAUGGAAAUGAGAUAACCGACAGCGCAAAAUAUAGAAGCCUGUGCCAUGAGAACACUGUGUCACUUGAGAUUGCUAAUCUAGAGCUGGCAGACAGUGCAAAUUACACAUGCAGUGUCUCUAAUGUUGCCGGGAACGAUUCUUGCAGUGCUGUCCUGACUGUGAAAGAACCACCAAGCUUCUUAGUAAAACCUGAAAGCCAGCAAGCCAUUCCAGAUUCCACAGUGGAGUUUAAGGCCACACUAAAAGGAACACCACCCUUUACAGUAAAGUGGUUCAAAGAAGACUUGCAACUUAUAUCUGGUUCAACUUGUUUGAUGGGGAUUGAAGGGUCAACUGGGUUCUUAACCCUCUAUUCAGUGGAUACUUCUAGGAGUGGGCACUACACUUGCCACGUUUCAAAUGACGUUGGCAGUGAUUCUUGCACUACAACAUUGAUGGUAACAGAACCACCUAAGUUUGCUAAGAAGCUAGAGGCAGCAAAAGUAGUCAAGCAGGGUGACUCUGCCCGGCUUGAGUGCAAAGUAAGUGGAUCUCCAGAGAUGAAAGUAGUGUGGUUCAGAAAUGACCAUGAAAUUGUUGCCAGUGAAAAAUUCCGGAUGUCAUUCAUUGAUUCUGUGGCCGUGCUUGAAAUGAAUCAUCUCAGUACUGAUGAGAGUGGCGACUACAUCUGUGAAGCUCACAACCCUGCCGGCAAGGCCAGCUGUAGCACUAAAGUCACAGUGAAAGAACCUCCUGUCUUUAGCAGGAAGCCCUCUCCAGUAGACAUGCUCAAGGGAACUGAGGUUAGCCUGGAAUGCGAGAUCUCAGGAACACCACCAUUUGACGUUACCUGGUACAAAGACAGAAGACAAAUCCGCAGCAGUAAGAAGUAUAAGGUUACAGCCAAAAACUACCAUACAAGCGUUCGCAUUCUUAAUGUUGAAGCUGCAGAUGUUGGUGAAUACCAGUGCAAAGCACAGAAUGACGUAGGAAGUGACAGUUGUCUUUGCACUGUGAAGCUGAAAGAGCCACCAAAAUUCUUGACUAAAAUAAACAGUGUGACUGUUGUGGUUGGUGAACCGGUAGAGUUACAAGCAAGAGUGGAGGGCUCCCAGCCGAUUUCUGUGCAGUGGCUUAAAGACAAAGAGGAAAUUAUUAGAGAAAGUGAAAACACGAAGAUCACAUUUAUGGAAAAUAUUGCAACUUUACAACUUGUGCACACAGAGACAAGCAAUGCUGGAAAAUACAUCUGUCAGAUAAGAAAUGAUGCUGGAAGUCGUGAAUGCAUGGCUACCUUAACUAUUCUAGAGCCUGCAGUCAUUGUAGAGAAAGCAGAGCCAAUGAGAGUUACUAUAGGAGACGCCUGUGCUUUGGAGUGCAAAGUGGCAGGCACACCAGAGCUUUCCACUGGGUGGUUCAAGGAUGGCAAAGAACUGACCAGCAGCCAAAAAUACAGAAUUACUUUCCUCAAUAAAGUUUCUACACUUAAAAUUAUGGAUGCAGAAAAGGAAGAUGGUGGAUUGUACACUUUUGCAGUGCAGAACGACGUGGGGAAAAGCAGUUGCACAGCAUCGGUUGAUGUUUUAGAUCGAAUCAUUCCUCCUUCUUUCACAAGAAAACUAAAGGAAACCCCUUGUGUCCUGGGUUCCUCAGCAUUGCUGGAAUGCAAAGUGUCAGGUUCACCUCCUAUUUCUGUUGCCUGGUUCCAAAAUGGACUAAAGUUAGUCAAUGGGGAAAAACAUCAAAUCUCCUUUUCGGAUAACCUAUGUAUUUUAGAAGUGAAUUCACUGAGUGACUCAGAUACUGGAACUUACACCUGCAAAGCUACCAACAUAGCUGGUUCAGAUGAAUGCAGUGCUGUAUUGACCGUACAAGAACCACCUUCUUUUGAGAGGACACCAGAGCCUCUGGAUGUCUUGCCAGGCACAAGCAUCACUUUUACAUGUGUUAUCAGAGGAACCCCUCCUUUUAAGGUGAACUGGUUUAGAGGGGCCAAUGAGCUCGUGCCAGGGGACAAAUGCAAUAUCUACUUGGAGGACUCCAUUGUGGAGCUUGAGUUAUUUGAUGUAACUCCUCUCCAAAGUGGAGAGUACACUUGUCUGGUGACUAAUGAUGCUGGCAGGGCAAAUUGUACAACACGCCUUACAGUAAAAGAGCCGGCUGUCUUUGUGAAGAAACUGAGUGAUCAAUACGUGGAGCCUGGCAAGCCCAUCAUCCUGGAGGGCGCUUACACAGGCAGCCUGCCCAUCUCUGUGACAUGGAAGAAGAACGGCCAUGCCAUCACUCAAUCUCAGAAGUGUAGCAUCACCACCACAGAGAAAUCCUGCAUCCUGGAAAUACUUGACAGCACCAAAGAAGAUGCAGGAGAGUACACUUGCCAUGUUGAAAAUGAGGCAGGAAGAGAUGUUUGUGAGGCUGUAGUCUCUACCCUAGAACCUCCCUAUUUUAUCACACACUUGGAACCUCUUGAGGUGUCAGUUGGGGAUUAUACAACAUUGCAAUGCCGUGUUGCUGGAACACCAGAAAUCACUGUGUCUUGGUACAAAGGUGAUACAAAACUCAGAUCUACUCCUGAGUACAAAGUGUUCUUUAAAGACAACGUUGCUACGCUUAUUGUCAACAAAGCGGCUAGCAAUGACAGUGGAGAAUAUAUCUGCAAGGCAGAAAACAGUGUAGGAACUGCGUCUACAAAGGCUCUCUUAACAGUUCAAGAGCGCAAACGACCACCUUCCUUUGCAAGACAAUUAAAGGACAUCGAGCACCCUGUUGGUUUACCCCUUAAAUUUAUGUGUCGGCUCAAUGGCUCAGAACCCAUUACUGUGGCUUGGCAUAAAGAUGGUGUGCUGCUAAGCGACGACCACAAUGUGCACACAUCCUUUGUAGAUAAUGUUGCAGUGUUGCAACUGGUGCGAACCGAGAUGAAUCAUACCGGGCAGUACUCCUGUACAGCCACCAAUGCUGUCGGCACUGCCACCUCAAGUGCUAGGCUCACAGUGGCAGAACCCAAACAAGCACCUGUCUUUGACACCAAACCAGAAUCUAUUGAUGUACCUUUUGGAGAAAGCGCUGACUUUGAAUGCCAUGUUACCGGAGCCCAGCCGAUACAUGUCACGUGGUCCAAGGAUGGUCGGGAGAUCCGAACUGGAGCAAACUUCAAUAUUACCUUUGUAGCCAACACAGCUCACCUUCGAGUGUUCAGAGUGGGUAAAGGAGACUCUGGACAAUAUACUUGCCAAGCUAGUAAUGAAGCUGGGAAAGCCUUUUGCUCGGCCCAACUGAGUGUCAAAGAACCUCCCAAGUUCAUCAAGAAGCCUGAAGCUUUGCGGUUUGUGAAGCAGGGGGAUACAGUUCAACUUGAAUGUAAAAUCAGCGGCACACCUGAGAUCAGAACCACGUGGUACAAAAAUGAUCAGGCACUCCAGGCAAGCGACAGGCUCCACAUGUCCUUUGUAGACUCCAUGGCAAUGCUCACCAUCUUGGGUGCCAACACUGAAGAUGCCGGCGAUUACAUAUGUGAAGCCCAUAACUCUGCCGGCACAGCCAGCUGCAGCACUUCAGUCGCCGUGAAAGAACCACCUGUUUUUAGCAAGGUGCCGAGCCCCGUGGACACACUUAAAGGCUCAGAUGUUAUCCUCCAGUGUGAGAUAGCAGGGACUCCACCCUUUGAGGUGGCAUGGUUCAAGGACCGGAGGCAGGUCAGGAGCAGCAAGAAGUUCAAGGUGACAGCAAAGCACUCCGUUGCCAGUCUUCAUAUUCUCAAUCUGGAAUCUCAAGAUACUGGAGAAUACCAAUGCAAAGCUAUGAAUGAGGUGGGAAGCGACACUUGCACUUGCCCAGUGAAAUUCAAAGAACCCCCACGCUUUGCCAAGAAACUGAGUGACACUGCGAUCUUCGUCGGGGAGCCAACAGCCCUGCAGGCAGUGGUGGAAGGAUCCCCACCAAUUUCUGUUGUCUGGCUCAAGGACAAGGGUGAAGUUAUUAGGGAGAGUGAAAAUGUCCAAAUGUGGUUUAUGGACAACAUUGCAACUCUUGAGAUUGCCAGUGCAGAGGGAGCUGAUGUUGGGAAGUACAUCUGCCAGAUCAAAAAUGAUGCUGGCAUGCGGGAGUGCUCUGCCUUUUUACAAGUUCUAGAACCGGCAGUCAUCUUAGAGAAGACUGAGCCAAUCACAGUAAUGGCUGGCAAUCCUUUUACCUUGGAGUGCAAAGUAGGAGGAACACCUGAACUUAUCACCAAGUGGUACAAAGAUGGGAGAGAACUGAGGAGUGACCGCAAAUACCAAAUUACCUUUUCCAACAAUAUAUCUACUUUGAAAGUCUUUUCUGCAGACAGGGGAGACAGGGGCUUGUACACUUUUGAGGUGCACAAUGAGGUGGGGGACAGCAGCUGCACUUCUUCAGUUGAUGUUUCAGAUCGUCUUGUUCCUCCUUCAUUCUCAAGAAAACUAAAGGAAACAAAUGGAGUGCUGGGAUCCUCAGUGCUUCUAGAGUGCAAAGUGUCUGGCACAUCCCCCAUAUCUGUGGCCUGGUUUCAGGAUGGGAAUGAGAUUGUUAGUGGAGAAAAAUAUGAAAUCUCAUUCUUGGAUAACGUUUGUGCUUUGAAGCUGAAUGCCCUGGAUGUCACAGAUACAGGACCGUAUACCUGUGUGGCAACCAAUGUGGCUGGAUCUGAUGAAUGCAGUGCCUUUCUGACUGUACAAGAACCACCUUCUUUUGCGAAGACACCUGAUCCACAGGAAGUUUUGCCUGGAUCAAGUGUGACAUUCACCAGCUACAUCAAGGGCAGUACUCCCUUCAAAGUGACCUGGUUCCGAGGCAUCAGGGAGCUGGUGCCAGACAGCAACUGCUCCAUCUCUCUGGAUGAGUCUGUGGCACAGCUGCAGCUGUACAAUGUGGAGCCAGGCCACAGUGGGGACUAUGCCUGUGUGGUCACAAAUGAGGCUGGCAGUGCCUCAUGCACAACCCAACUCUUUGUGAAAGAGCCUGCAGUCUUUGUGAAGAAAUUAAGUGAUUUCAGUGUGGAGCAGGGGAAGUCCAUUGUGCUGGAAAGCAGCUACAUGGGCACCCCUCCCAUCUCUGUCACCUGGAAAAGAAAUGGCAUGCCCAUUGCUCAGUCUCCACGUUGCAGUAUUACAACUACUGACAAAUCUGGCAUUCUGGAGAUCUUCAACAGCACCAAGAGCGAUGAAGGCGAAUACACCUGUGAGGUGGAAAAUGAGGCGGGUGGCGAUGUUUGCAACAGCCUUGUAUCCAUCUUAGAACCACCCUAUUUUGUCACACACCUGGACCGUGUGGAGGUGAAGGUUGGCGAGCCCUUGAUCUUAAAAUGCCAGAUUGGUGGUGCGCCAGAAAUCAAGGUGUCCUGGUACAAAGAUGACACCAAGCUCAGAUCAACACAGGCUUACAAAAUGCACUUCAAGAAUAAUGUGGCAACAUUGGCAUUCUCCACCGUGGAGGACAGCGACAUUGGAGAAUAUAUCUGCAAAGCAGAAAAUAGCGUUGGCUUUGCCACCUCCACAGCUUUGNNNNCUUUUGCAGAACGUCAACUUCCUCCUACAUUCACCAGAAAACUGAAAGAUAUUCAGGAGGCGGUUGGUGCCCCAGUGACAUUUGAUUGCCGCAUAAAUGGCUCAGAGCCUAUCCAGGUGUCUUGGUACAAAGAUGGGGUUCUCUUAAGUGACAGUGAUAACAUGCAAUCAGCCUUCUUAAAUAAUGUUGCGACUCUCCAGAUCUUGGAAACUAAUAUGGCUUACUGUGGCCAAUAUACUUGCUCAGCCCAAAAUGCUCUGGGGACUGCAUCUACCAGUGCCAAACUUCUCCUCACAGAACAUCUACAACCUCCCUUCUUUGACAUCAAGCCAGUAUCUAUCGAUGUAGCGCUAGGGGAAAGUGCAACCUUUAAGUGCCACAUGACUGGCUCUGCUCCCAUGAGGAUUACUUGGACCAGAGACAACAGAGAGAUCCGCCCAGGAGCCAACUACAAGAUGACACUGGUGGAAAACACGGCCAGCUUGACAGUCUUAAAAGUUGGCAAAGGGGAUGCUGGACUCUACACAUGUACUGCGAGCAACAGUGUUGGAAAGGAUGCGUGCGCAGCUCAGCUGGCUGUACAAGAACCACCAAGGUUUAUUAAGAAACUAGACUCCUCGAGACUUGUGAAACAGCAUGAUUCCACUAAGUAUGAAUGCAAAAUAGGUGGAUCUCCAGAAAUCAAAGUCACCUGGUACAAAGGUGAAACCGAGAUCCAGCCCAGUGAAAAAUACAGAAUGUCCUUUAUGGAUUCGGUGGCAGUCAUUGAAAUGCACAACCUCAGUGUCGAAGACAGUGGUGACUACACUUGCGAAGCUCGGAAUCUGGCGGGUAGUGCAAGCACCAGUACCUCACUGAAAGUAAAAGCACCUCCCAUUUUUACGAAGAAGCCCUAUCCAGUCCAGACCUUGAAAGGGUCUGAUAUUCAUCUGGAAUGUGAGCUUCAGGGCACUCCUCCAUUCCAGAUUUCAUGGUAUAAAGACAAACGAGAAAUUCGGAGCAGUAAGAAAUAUAAGGUCAUGUCUGAGAACUACCUGGCUAGUAUUCACAUUCUCAGUGUGGAUACUGCAGAUGUCGGUGAAUAUCACUGUAAAGCUGUAAAUGAUGUGGGAAGUGACUCCUGUAUUGGCUCUGUAACGCUAAGAGCACCACCAACCUUUGUGAAGAAGCUGAGUGAUCUCACUGUUGUAGUUGGCGAGUCGAUUGAACUACAGGCUGCGGUAGAAGGAUCACAGCCCAUUUCUGUUCUGUGGUUAAAAGACAAAGGGGAAAUCAUUAGAGAAAGUGAUAAUCUCUGGAUCUCCUAUUCAGAAAACAUUGCAACUGUGCGGAUUGGAAAUGCAGAACCAACAAAUGCUGGGAAAUACAUUUGUCAGAUAAAAAAUGAUGCUGGAGUUCAGGAAUGCUUUGCCACACUGACAGUACUAGAACCUGCAGUCAUUGUAGAGAAGCCAGGCCCAGUUAAAGUUACAGCUGGAGACUCUUGUACUCUGGAAUGCACAGUAGAUGGCACACCAGAGCUUGCUGCUAGGUGGUUUAAGGAUGGUAAUGAACUGUCCACUGACCAUAAAUACAAAAUCAGUUUCUUCAACAAAGUAUCUGGGCUUAAGAUCCUCAAUGCGGGACUAGAAGACAGUGGAGAAUAUACUUUUGAGGUGAAAAACAGUGUUGGUAAAAGCAGCUGCACAGCUUCAGUGCAUGUUUCAGAUCGUAUUAUACCUCCUUCUUUCACAAGAAAACUGAAAGAAACAUAUGGUCAGCUGGGUUCUUCUGCUGUACUGGAGUGCAAAGUUUAUGGGUCACCACCUAUUCUGGUUUCCUGGUUUCAUGAUGGACAGGAGAUUACCAGUGGAGACAAGUAUCAGGCUACCCUUACAGACAAUACCUGUUCUCUGAAAGUGAAUGGACUUCAGGAAUCUGAUAUGGGAACUUAUUUGUGUACAGCUACUAAUGUAGCUGGGUCUGAUGAAUGCAGCGCAUUUUUGAGUGUUAGAGAACCACCAUCUUUUGUGAAGAAACCUGAACCACUGAAUGUUUUAUCUGGGGCAAACAUAACCUUUACCAGUAUCAUAAAAGGCUCCUCCCCAUUGGAAGUUAAAUGGUUUAGAGGUAGUGUUGAGCUUGUACCAGGAGAUAAUUGCAAUAUCACCUUGCAAGAUUCAAUUGCAGAACUGGAGCUGUUUGAUGUACAUCCACUUCAGAGUGGAGACUACACCUGCCAGGUCUCUAAUGAGGCAGGGAAGAUUUCUUGCACAACACAUCUUUUUGUCAAAGAACCAGCCAAAUUUGUGAAGAAGGUGAACGACUUAAGUGUAGAGAAAGGGAAAAAUUUAAUCUUGGAAUGCACAUAUACAGGUACUCCACCAAUUUCAGUGACAUGGAAGAAAAACGGAGUAAAAAUUACACACUCUGAAAAGUGUAGCAUCACCACUACAGAAACAUCUGCCAUACUGGAAAUCCCUAGUAGCAGACUAGAAGAUCAGGGGCAAUAUUCUUGUCAUAUUGAAAAUGAUUCUGGACAAGAUAAUUGUCAUGGUGCCAUCACAAUACUAGAGCCACCUUACUUCAUCAAACCCUUGGAACCAGUGCAGGUGACUGUUGGGGAUUCUGCAUCUUUACAGUGCCAGGUUGCUGGAACACCAGAAAUGAUUGUAUCGUGGUACAAAGGUGAUACAAAGCUGAGAGGAACUGCUACUGUGAAAAUGCACUUUAAGAACCAAGUUGCCACUCUAGUUUUCAGCCAGGUAGACGGUAGUGACAGCGGGGAGUACAUCUGCAAAGUAGAAAACACUGUUGGAGAGGCUGCUUCCUCAUCUUUGCUGACAGUUCAAGAGCGUAAACUUCCUCCUUCUUUUACACGAAAAUUAAGAGAUGUUCAUGAAACUGUUGGCUUACCAGUUACAUUUGAUUGUGGCAUUGCUGGUUCAGAACCUAUUGAAGUAUCCUGGUUUAAAGAUGGUGUACCUGUAAAAGAGGACUACAAUGUUCACACGUCCUUUGUAGACAAUGUAGCAACUCUCCAGAUUUUGAAGACAGAUAGGAGCCUUAUUGGGCAAUAUACCUGCACAGCCACCAAUGCAAUUGGGACUACUUCUUCCAGUGGCAGGCUUGUCCUUACAGAAGGGAAGACUCCUCCAUUCUUUGACAUUCCAAUUACACCUGUGGAUGGUAUUCUUGGAGAAAGUGCUGACUUUGAGUGUCACAUUUCUGGAACACAGCCUAUUAGGGUCACUUGGGCAAAAGAUAACCAAGAAAUCAGAACAGGAAGAAAUUACCAGAUCAGUUAUGUAGACAACACAGCCCACUUGACCAUCUUGACAGUUGACAGGGGAGACUCUGGAAAGUAUACAUGCUAUGCUAGCAAUGAGGUUGGAAAGGAGUCUUGCACAGCUCAACUGACUGUUAAAGAACGAAAAACUCCACCUACUUUUACCAAGAAACUGUCUGAAGCUGUAGAAGAAACAGAAGGAAAUGAACUUAAACUUGAGGGCCGUGUUUCUGGCUCUCAACCUUUGACUGUUGCUUGGUAUAAAAACAAUCAGGAAGUUCAUUUAAGCCCUCAUUGUGAAAUAUCUUUCAAAAACAAUACCUUACUUUUGCAUAUAAAAAGCGUAGAGCAGUCAGAUGCUGGUUUAUAUACAUGUAAAGUGUCCAAUGAAGCAGGAAGCGUAUUGUGUACAUCAUCUGUUGUUAUCAGAGAACCUAAAAAGCCUCCAGUUUUUGACCAGCCCCUUCAGCCAGCAGCAGCAGAGGAAGGGGAUACCCUACAGCUCAGCUGCCAUGUACAAGGAUCGCAGCCAAUCCGGAUUCAGUGGUUGAAGGCAGGGAGAGAAAUAAGAGCUUCAGACAGAUGCAACUUCAGCUUUGCUAAUGGAGUAGCUCUUCUGGAACUUGCUGCAGUUACCAAAUCCGAUUCAGGAGAAUAUGUAUGCAAAGCUUCAAAUGCAGCUGGCACUGAUACUUGCAAAUCUAAAGUGACAGUUAAAGAAAAACCAGCAGCUGCAGCAGCACCUAAGAAAGCAGAAUUGGAAGGAAAGCUUUAUUUUGUGUCAGAGCCUCAGAGUAUCAAAGUCAUGGAAAAAACUGUUGCAACAUUUAUUGCAAAAGUUGGAGGAGACCCGAUUCCAAAUGUUAAAUGGAUGAAGGGAAAAUGGAGGCAACUCAACCAGGGAGGUCGCGUUAUAAUCCAGCAGAGAGGAGAUGAAGCCAAACUAGUAAUAAGGGAUGCAAUAAAAACUGAUUCUGGCAUGUACAAAUGUGUAGCUUUUAACCAACAUGGUGAAAUCGAGAGGAGUGUAAACCUACAAGUUGAAGAAAGAAAGAAAGAAGUUGUUGAAGGAGAUCUCAGGGCAAAACUAAAAAGCACUCCAACAAAAAAGAAGGAAGAAGAGGAGGAGCAACCUAUUGAUAUCUUGGAACUUCUCAAAAAUGUAGAUCCCAAAGAAUAUGAGAAAUAUGCUCGCAUGUAUGGAAUUACAGAUUUCCGUGGCCUCCUGCAAGCCUUUGAGUUACUAAAGCAAACCCAAGCAGAAGAAAGCCAUAGAUUGGAAAUUGAGCUUGCAGAAAGAGCUCGAAGAGAAGAUCAGGAGUUUGAUGAACUUGUAGCUUUUAUUCAGCAACGACUCUCACAGACGGAGCCCAUUACUCUGAUCAAAGACAUCGAAAAUCAGACGGUUUUAACAGAUGAGGAUGCUAUCUUUGAGUGUGAGAUUAAAAUUAACUAUCCAGAAAUUAAACUUUCAUGGUACAAGGGAACCCAGAAACUUGACUCCAAUGACAAAUAUGAAAUUAGAAUUGAAGGUGAUCGGCACAUACUGAGAAUCAGGAACUGCCAACUUGAAGAUCAGGGAAAUUUCAGAAUAGUGUGUGGACCACACAUUGCCAGUGCCAGGCUAACUGUGAUUGAACCUGCAGUUGAACGACAUCUUCAUGACACUACUUUCAAGGAAGGAAACAUAUGCACGCUGUCUUGUCAGUUCUCUAUCCCAAAUGCCAAGUCUCAGUGGUAUAGAAAUGGGAGACCCAUUAAGAUAGGAGGGAGAUAUUCAACACAAGUCUCUGACAAAGUACACAAACUCAUCAUCAAGGAUGUUAGAACAGAAGACCAGGGACAAUACACCUGCAAGCUUGACAAUCUAGAAACAACUGCAGAUCUGGCCAUUGAAGCGGAACCAAUUCAGUUCACAAAGAGCAUACAGAACAUUGUAGUGAGUGAACACCAGUCUGCAACCUUUGAGUGCGAGGUGUCUUUUGAUGAUGCAGUUGUGACAUGGUAUAAAGGCCCCACUGAACUGAGAGAGAGUCCCAAGUACAGCUUCAGAAGUGAAGGUCGCUGUCAUUAUAUGACUAUUCACAAUGUUACUGCAGAAGAUGAAGGUGUAUAUUCUGUAAUUGCUCGUCUUGAACCAAGAGGAGAAGCAAGAAGCACUGCAGAGCUCUAUCUAGUAACCAAAGAAAUCAAGCUGGAGUUGAAGCCACCAGAUGUUCCUGAUGCUAAGGUUGCAGUUCCAUCUCAAAAACCAACUGAAGCUGCCCCUAUUCCUAUUCUUCUACCUCUUGUUCCACCACCAGAGGAGAAAAAGCCAGCAGAAAGAAAGGUUCCAUUAAAGAAAGUCCCCAAAAAGGUGGUUAAAAAAGGUCCUGAAGAAGUCCCACCACCUAAAGUUCCUGAGGUGCUUCCAGAGAAGCCCAAGGAGAUCAAAGUAACAUCCAUGGCAAGGAGAGAAGAGAUUCAUGAAGAAAAGAAGGAAAUGUAUGAAAAGCCCAAAGAAAUUUAUGAAGAAUGGGAAGAAGAUUAUGGAGAAGACCAUGACUAUUAUGUCAAGGAAGAAGGCUAUGAUGAAGAGGAAGAGGAAUGGGAAGAAGCUUAUGAGAAAAGAGAAGUGACUUAUGAAGAAAAACGAGUCAUUCAUGAAGAAGUUGUUGAAGUUCCUAAGAAGCCUGUGCCUGAGCGAAAACCACCAGCAAUUACAGCUGAAAAGAAGGAAAAGAAAGAAGUAACAGUUCAUAAAGUUGUCAAGAAACCUGUCGAUGAAAAGGUGGAGAUAACCACUCAGAGGGUUGCAGAAGAAAAAGUCAAACGGGCUGAGGUUACCAAGAAAGUUCUACCACCAAAACCUACACCAAAGAUCAUUGAGGAAAAAGUUAUCAAAAAGGAAGAUACAGAUUUGAUAGAAACUCACAUGCUGACUACCACUAAUGUGGAUCUAGAAUAUAAAAUACUAAACCAAAAUCCUAUCUUUAAAGUACCGACAGUAGAAACGUGGACUGUUUCAGAAGAAAAGAUGUCGGUUUCUGUCCACAGAGAAGAAGAGUAUUCAUAUGUCACAGAGCCAACAGAGCAUGAGAAAACAGUUGAAGAAAGAUUCUUUGAAGCUGUUUACCCAAUUGAAGCACAUAAGGAAGUCGAAGAGGAGGAAGAAGAAGAAGAAGAAGAAGAAGUCAUUUCUGCAGAACUGGAGAUCUCUCACAUUGAAGUGUUCACCACCUAUCUCUUUAAAGUGCCUGAUAUACCAAAGAGGCCUGUUCCAGAAGAAAGAAAGCCCGUUCCUGUCCCUAAAAAAGAAGCUCCAACAGCCAAAGUGCCUGAAGUCCCUAAGAAACCUGUUCCAGAAAAGAAAGUUGCUGUUGCUAAAAAGGAGGUGCCCCCCCCAGUAAAAGUUCCUGAAGUGCCUAAAAAACCUGUGCCUGAAGAAAAAGUACACAUUCCUGUUCCCAAAGAAGAACCUCCACCUGCCAAAGUGCCAGAAGUACCUAAGAAACCAGCUCCAGAAGAAAAAAUACCACAUGUUGCUAAAGUAGAAGCUCCACCUGCAAAAGUGCCUGAAGUGCAGAAGAAAGCCACUUUUGAAGAAAGAGUACUUAUUACAGAAGAAAGAAUAUCUGUUGCCACUACAGAGGAAAUCUCACCACCUGAAGAACUUGUAAGAAUUGGUCUUCAUCUUCUCCAUCCAUUGAUCUGUUCCUCAUUCCCUCCCUCCUUUUAUCCAUCCAUCCAUCCAUCAGAAAUACUAAACCAAAUAAUUUUCUUUAAAGAAGCAACAGUUGAAGAAUGGGCUGAAGAAGAAAUGGAGGAAGUGUCUAUUUCCAUUCAGAGAGAAGAGGUUUCUGAAGUGUCUGAAGAAGAGUCUUACUACAUAGAGGAGAGGGUGACUGUUCCUAAAAGAGAGGAAGCCCCCCCCACUAAAGUGCCUGAGAAGCAUAGGAGAGUUGUCCCAGAACCUAAAGUUCCAGCUGUCCCUAAGGAAGCUCCAGGAGUUAAAGUUCCUGAAGUUCAUAAGAAAGCAGUUCCUAAAGAGAAGGCACCUGUUCCUGUGCCUAAAAAGAUGAAGGCUCCACCAGCAAGAGAACCUGCAGAAGAACGAGUGCCCACUUUUGAGACAGAAGUUGAAAAACCUCCAUCAACCAAAGUGACUGAAGCGCGCAGGAAAAUUAUCACAGAAGAAAAAGUCGCAGUUGUUAAAAAAGGGGAGGCUCCACCAAAAAGAGUGCCAGAAGCACUGAAGAAAACUGCCAGAGAAGAAAGAGUAUCCAUUGCUGUUCCAAAAAGAAAAGCGUCUCCAACACCACAAGUGCCUGAUGUACCAGAGAGGGCUAUCAUUGAAGAAAGAGUACCAAUUUAUCCUCCUAAAAAAAUGGCAAGACCACCAGCCAAAGUGCCUGAAGUACGCAAGACAGUUGUCCGAAAAGAGGAAGUGUAUGUUGAAGUUCCUCAGUAUGAAGAGGAAGAAGAGAUUCCAAAAUAUGAAGAGGAAGAAGCCAUCAGAUAUGAGCAGGAAGUAAUCCAUUACAAGGAGGAAGUCCACCAUUAUGAAGAAGUUAGUCACUAUGAGGAGGAAGUUCCUCAAUACGAAGAGGAAGAAGUCACUCGUUAUGAAGAAGAAGCUGCUUAUUACGAAGAGGAAGUUCCUGAAUAUGAGGAGGAAGAGUCAGAAGUUCCCCAGUAUGAAGAGGAGGCUCCCCCACCAGUUAGAGUGCCUGAAGUUCCCAAGAAGCCUGUUCCAGAGGAAAAAAUACCUAUUCUGAAGAAAAAAGAAGCUCCUCCAGCAAAAGUGCCUGAGGUGCCGAAGAAACCUGUACCUGAAAAGAAAGUCCAAGUGCCGAAGAAGGAAGCUCCCCCAGCUAAAGUUCCAGAAGUGACGAAGAAACCUGUGCCGGAAGAGAAAGUUCCUGUUCCUGUACCAAAAAAGAAAGAAGUUCCACCAGCCAAAGUGCCUGAAGUACAAAAGAAACCUAUACCAGAAGAGAAGUUACUUGUCCCAGUGCCUAAAAAAGUGGAAGAACCUCCACCAGCCAAAGUGCCUGAAGUGCCCAAGAAAGUUCCAGAAAAGAAAGUACCUGUCCCUGUACAUAAAAAGCCAGAACCUCCACCAGCCAAAGUGCCAGAAAUACCAAUAUCACCCCCUGAAGAGGUACCUAUUUUUGUUCCCGAAGAAGAAGAGGAAGAGGAAGCUGUUCCAGACAUACCAGCAAAAGUGCCAGAGAUGCCCAAGAGACCUGUCUCAGAAGAAAAAGUACCUGUUGCAGUUCCUAAAGUAAAGAAAAUUCCACCUGCUAAAGUGCCUGAAGUGGCAAAGAAAGUUGUGCCUGAAGAAAAAGUUCCCAUUUUUGUUCCUGAGGAAGAAGAGGAAACUAUUCCAGAGGAAACUAUACCAGCAAAAGAGCCAGAGAUUCCUAAGAAACCUGUCCCAAAACAAAAAAUACCUGUACCCAUUCCAGAGAAACUGGAGCUUCCUCCAGCAAAAGUGUCUGAGAUGCCUAAGAAACCUGUUCCUGAAAAGAAAGAACCUGUUCCUAAAAAGGUGCCAGCUCCACCAGCCAAAGUCCCUGAGGUGCGAAAAAGAACUGUUACAGAAGAGAAACUGCCAGCUGUUGUGCCCAAACCCAAAGAAGCAACACCAACUAAAGCACCCGGAGUAUCCAAGAAAUUUGUCCAGAAAGAAAAAGUCCCUGCUCCUGUGGUGGAGAAAUAUGAGUACACAUAUGAAGAGUAUGAGAAGUAUGAGACAUACGAAAGUAUUGAAGAGUUUGAGAAGGUUCAGGAAACUGAAGAAAUAGAGGCAUAUGAGGAACCUGAAGAACCUGAGAGAUAUAAGGAGAUUCAGCAACAGGAAUAUGAAGAGGAGGCUGAGGAGAAAGAUGUCUAUGACAAGUAUGAGUUUAAGGAGGAAGAAGAGAUGUAUGAGAAAUACGAGGAGGUAUAUGAAGAGGCUUACGAAAUCCAACCAGCUAUAGUGCCAGCAGUGCCGAAGAAACCUGUUCCAAAAGAAAAAGUCCUACCUGCUGCUCCUAAAAAGGAAAUUACUCCACCAGCUAAAGAGCCUGAAGUUUACGGAGAAGUUCCAACAGAAGAAAAAGUCCCUGUUAUUAUUCCUAGUGAACCAGAAGCUCCGACAGCUAAAGUACCUGCAGUGACAAAGAAAACUGUCCCACUGAAGAAAAUACCUGCUGCUGUACCUACAGAAGAAGCUCCUCCAGCUAAAGUUCCUGAAGUACCAAAGAAACCUGUCCGCAAAGACAAAAUGCCUCCUGCUCUACCUAAAGAAGAAGCUUCACAUGUUAAAGUACAUGAAGUUUAUGAGGAGAUGCACAUUGAAGAAGAAAUUGCUACUGUUCAUAGAAAAGAGGAAGUUACAGCACCUAGAGUGCCCACAGUCAUUAAGAAAGCUGUUCCAGAAGAAAAAAUGCCUAUUGCUGUGUCUAAAAAACCAGAACCUACUCCUUUGCCUAAAAGACCAGAAUCUCCACCAUCUGAAGUGCCAGAAGUGCCCAAGAAAAUUCCAGAAGAGAAAGUACCCAUUGCUGUGCCUAGAAAACCAGAACCACCACCAGCCAAAGUGCCUGAAGCACCCAAGGAAGUAGUUGCAGAAGAGAAAAUUAAAGUUGCUGUGCCUAAAAAGCCAGAAGUACCACCAGCUAAAGUAAAAGUUAUUAAUAUUUUCCAAGUGCCUGAAGUACCGAAGAAAGUGGUCCCAGAAGAGGUUUCAAUUAAAAUACCAAAGAAACCAGAACCUCCACCAACUAAAGUGCCUGAAGUCCCCAAGAAAGUGGUUGCAGAAGAAAAAUUACACGUUGAAGUUCCUAAAAAAACAGAACCUCCACCAUCUAAAGAACUUGAGGUGCCGAAGAAAGUUGUUCCAGAAAAGAAAAUACCUGUGCCCAAAAUACCAGAACCUGAGAUUCCACCUAAAGAGCCAGAACCUGUGGUUGUCCCAGAUCGAGAGGCUGCACCUGAAGAACGAGAACCUCUACCAGAGAAAGUUGUUAAAUUUCAAACUAAUAUCUUUUAUGUACAUGAAGUGGCCAAGACAAUUUUCCCAGAAAAGAAAGUACCUGUUCAAGUUUCCCGAAAACCAAAGCCCAUGGCGGGAUCCCCAAAACCAAAGCCUCAAGAGGUAGAACCUCAAGAACUGGAACCUGCUAGAGUGACUCAAAAACAAAAGCCUGUUGUGGCACCCCAAAAACUGGAGCGUGUUGUGGCAUCUGAGGAGCCCAAGACUCUUCUGGCACCCCAAAAAACAGAAUCUGUUUUGGCAUCCCAAAAAUCAGAGUGUGUUGUGGUGUCUGAGAAAACAGAUAUUUUUGUGGUACCUGAGGAACCCAAGCUUGAUGUACCACCCCAAAAGCUAAAGCACGGUGUGAUGCCCUCAAAACAAAAGCCUGUUGUGGAACCCAGAAAAACAGAGCCAUUCAUGGCCCCUGAGGGACCUGAGCUCAGUCUGGCACCUGAGGAGUCAGAGGCAGUUGCAUCAACCCAAAAAUCAGAGCGUGUUGUGGUGCUCCCCAAAGCAAAACCUUUUGUGCCACCCCAGAAAACAGAGCUGCUUGUAGCACCUGAAGAAACAGAACUUGUUGCAGAUUUCCAAAAAUCAAUGCCUAUUGCAGUAUCCAGAAAAUCAAAGCCUGUUUUGGCACCCUGUGAGCCAGAACUUGUCGUGAUGCCUGAGGAACCAGAAGCAGUUUUAGCAUCCCAUAAAUUAGAGCCUUCUACAACACUUCGAAAACCAAAGCCUGAAGUGGCAUCUGAAGAACCAGAGCCUGUUUUGACACCUGAGGAACCACCACCAGCUGAGCUGGCUGAAAAGCAAGAGAGUGUUGCUAUACCUAAAAAACGAGCAGCUCUGCGGCCCAAAGAGCCUGUGACGCCCAAAAAGACUGUCUCAGAAGAGAAAAUUCCUGUAGCCAUUCCUGAAAAAUCAGAACCUCCAUCCGCCAGAGUGCCCACAAAACUAAAAUGUACUAAUAUCUUUGAAGUGCCCAAGGUGCCCAAGAAAGGUGUUCUGGAAGAGCCCAUACCUGUUACUGUGCCAAAAAAGCCAGAACCUGCACCAGUUCGAG